AUGAUCCGUUCUAUUUACCCCCCGGCCGGCUUUGAGUCCCAGGCACCUGGAACAAUCUUACGCCAGCGCGAAAUCUCUGUUGCUUUUCUAGGCCUCAUUCCAGACCCAGUGGAAGCAUAUCAGCUAUUGUACCGCACCACUGCCAUCAAUGGCUCUGCCAUUGCGACUGUGACAACGAUCUUCAAGCCCACCAACCCCAAGACAGAUCGAUUUGUGUCCUUCCACACGGCCUACGAUAGUUCCGCCUCGAUCUGUGACCCCAGCUACAACUAUCAGCUCGGUGCGGCACAAACCGAUAUCAUCUCUUCCGCGGAACAAUUGAUCCUUCAGUCCUAUUUGCUCUUAGGAUACAUUGUGGCGUCGCCCGACUAUGAAGGCCCUGAUACAGCAUUCGGGCCCGGUCGCCUGGCAGGAAUGGGGGUCCUUGAUAAUAUGCGAGCUGUGAGCAGCUUCGAUGCACUCGGUCUCUCAAGUGCUAAGCCUAUGAUUGUUGGUACUGGCUACUCAGGUGGUGCGAUUGCCACGGGUUGGGCGGCUUCUCUCCAGCCCAGCUACGCCCCUGAAUUGGAUAUCAAAGGCUGGGCCCAAGGUGGCACCCCAGCCAAUCUGACGGGUGUUCUGGAGUUCAUUGACGAUACUCCCUUCAGCGGCUUCAUACCCCCAGCCAUAGCUGGUCUAUCUUACCCAAGUGCAUAUGGCGCUCAAUUGAACCCUAUCCUUAAUAAGGUUGUUACCUCAAAGGGCCAAUCUAUCAUCGAAAAAUCCAAGACCACCUGCGCCGUUGAGGAUCUUCUCAACUUUGCCGACCAGUCGCUGUUUUCUACUAGCUUCCAGAGUCUCGGCGAUGGUCUGCUCUAUGAGGCUACUAUUCAGUCCGUCCUCAAACAGUGCACUAUGGGUGUGGCGAAGGAGGAAACUCCGACUGCACCGGUGUUUGUCUACCAUGCAUCGCAAGAUGAGAUCAUUCCUUAUGCGAAAGCGUCGACGAUGGUCGAUUCGUGGUGUAAUUAUGGUGCUGAUGUCAAAUUCACGACCUUUGCAAAUGGUGGCCAUGCGACGACCGAAGUCGUCGGUCUACCCGAUACGAUCAACUUUGUCGAGUCGGCUUUUGCGGGCACCACUCAGAGCGGCUGCUCGAGUAACACCGAGCUGGCCAGUAUUCUCAACCCCAUUGCACUCGGCGUGGAGCUGGAACCUAUCCUGACGAAGUUGCUCGAGGUUCUCACUACCGUUGGUACUGGUGACUCAAAGGUCAAGCAGAACCUUACUGUGCUGAAAGAUGUGGUCACAUGGUAA